UAAAAAUUUGAUAAUUUUUGUUUGAAGAAUUUUUUUUGAUAAUUAGUUGAUGUAUAAAACAUCAACUAUCGGCCUUCCAAUUCAGUUUAUACAUUUCCAAAAAUUGGGUAGCUUGUUUCUUGGGAAAUCAUCCCAAUUUUGCUAUAAUUCCUCUGCUGCGAUUUUGCUGGUGAGAAGAUGGCCGAUUGUUGUGAGGUCGUUUGCCCCAAGCCCCGCCGGGUUGCCCCGCUCAAUCUCAACACUAUUUCCAGAUUUCACAUGCGUAAUGAUUCCGAAUCGAAUCACGGUGCUGAUCUCCUAGGGCUAAUCCUUCGGCAGGACUACAAUGAAUCGCUUCCAUUCUCGUUUGGAUCGCCUCCAAGCAGAACGCAAAAUCCUGUGGUUCACGAUGCAGAUUUCUGGGUUGAAAAGCUGACAUUUGAUUCAUCUUGUGAGCAAUUCACAAAUUUGGGGAAGAAACAAGCAGCUAAUAGAUCCAGAUUGCAAGGUUUUUGACUGCCGCUUCAUUCUCCAUACAUAGCAAAAUAAUUUUGAUCUCUUGAAACAACCUCAAGAAGUCAAACUGAGAAAUUAAGCUAAUUUCUUGAGAAAUGUAUUUUCCUUAUUGUUUCCAACUUCUGUAAAGAGCAUAUAUUAGUAAAUAUAUAUAGCAUUUUCAAAUUAA